AUGGAUUUAACAAAUAGAAGCUAUAAUUCGAAUUACAACUUAAAAAAUAAGCUAGACCAAAAUAGUAUAAGAAACUUGAUGACCCAUUAAAAGAAUAUAUUUGAUGCUUAAUAGAUGUGCAUUAAUAUCUUUAAAAAUAUGGCACCAAGGGAUUCAUUUAUGAAAGUUGGUUUUGAUUAGAAUUCUAAAUUAUUUUGGGUAAUUUAAAAUGACAGUAACACAAUCUCAUUUUUUGAAUACUUAGAAGAAAAUAUUCCUAAUUUACCAAAUUGCGAAUUCAAAGUUUCAAACAUAAAGGACCCAGAGCAUAUAAAGAUAAUAUAAAUGGAUAACAAAAGAUAGAAUUAUGCUUUGAUAUUUGAUGAUAAGUAGUGCUACUUAUACCCACUUUUCAAUAAAAAUUAUUCAACUUAAAGAUUCACCAUAGUUGAAAAUAAAUCAGAUGAACGCAUUGUUUAAGUUGGUGAAGUACUUCAGAUUUUAUCACUUUAUGUAGUGUUUUUGAUAACUAAUUAUGGGAAUAUAUAUUUUGUUCAAGUUUGCAAGCAAUCCUUAACUCUCACCAGCAAGAAAAUCUCUCAUCCAAAUCAAACAUUAUUUGGGAAAAUAAAAUCUUUUAUUAGUAUUGGUUCCCAAUAGACUGAUGAAAAUGCUAAAGUAAGGUGUAUUUAUUCAUAGAGAUUGCAUACUGGGUGCUUCCUAGAAAUGUGCUACUUUUUUAAUGGAAGAAUAUCCUUUAGUAGUCUGAACCUUGAUUACUUUUAAGGAGAGAUGAGAAUUCAGAAUCAGAAAGAAAUAUACUCUGGUGCUAUAAAUGACAUUAUAAUAAAUCAUGAAAAAUUUAGCCAAACUUUAACAUAAUAGCAACAAUAGCAAUUAGAUAAAAACAAAUUCUCUUUAAUUGAUUUGCAGUUUUAAUAUGUAGAAGAUGAGCUAACUGUUAAUUGCUUAACUUCUUUACAAUUUCUUAACAGUGAGCAAGUGCUUGUGUUGUAUGAAAUAAAACUAAAAAACUAAGGAACUGAGACUACUUCUACAAUUUUGAAGGAGUUUAAUUCAUAAAAUUUGUAAGCUUUUAAUGGUAAAUUGUAUGAUCCUUCUAAAAAAUUAAAUUUGCUUUAUUACGUAGCCUUCAGUUAAGAAACCUAGCAAUUUGGAUCAUUGGUCAGAAAAGGAUAAGAAUUGAUCCAUGAUUAACUAUAUGUUGAUGAUCAAAUAAAUGGAAUAGGAGGAAUAUCUAAAGGUCUUAAUACUAUUGGCAUAUAUUUAAUUAGUUCAAAUGAAGGACUUAAAGAAAUCAAUUAGAUAAUGAACACUGAUGAGGCUGAUAUUUACAAUUUGAAAAACGAAAUCUUGGAAGAAAAAAGAAUAUAAGAAUAAAAUAAUUACAUAGUGCCUGCUGGAUGCAAUCCUGAUAACUUUUUCAACUUGCUUAGUAUUUUUCAACAAAAUAUAAAAAUUGAAGAGAAAAUAAAAUAACUCAAUGUCUACCUGAAGAAAACAAAUCCGAAUACAGUGUUGUAGACUUUGUAUUUAAUUAUUUAAGAGAUGAAAAAGGAAAAGACACGUAAUAUUGUAUUAGCAGUAAGCUGUAAAGAGAACGAUAGAAGAAAAUCAAAUUAAAAAUUUAACUAAGAAGAGAUGUUUAGUAUUGAUAAUGAUAUUAUUCUCUAUGAAAUUAAUAAAAAACUUCAAAAGAUUUAUCAUUUUAAAUAAUUUGUUGAAAAUUCAGAUUUAAGAUCAUUAAAUUAGUUUCCUAGAAUUAUAAAUGCAUGCAUUGAUUCCAUAGUCAAAGCAUCCAUCGCUUUGCAAAUUCGUUAACUCUAAAUUUCAGGAAAUUUUAGACUUGAAUUCUUUGAAGAGAUUUUUGAAGCUGCUUUAACUAAUAAGAUUAUUUAAGACGACGAUUAACAAAAGUCUAUUGACAGAUUAUACAUUAAUCUUGAUAAUAUUGAGUUCAUUUUUACAAUUUUAAAUGAUAUUUUGAUUAAUUCUAUUUUAAAAUCAAACUCUUAUUAGGAUGAUAUCAAGGCCUACUAUGAGAUUUGGAACAAGUCUAUUAAUGUCAUACUAGAAGAUCGCUAAUAAUUAGAAUUAAACAGACUUGAAUUAAUAUAAGAAUAAGGAAUUAUGGAAGAUAUUAAUUAAGAAUAAAAUGCUGGUGGUAUUGAGAAUAUUCUAGUAAAUUAAGCAAUAAUUUUUAUAGAAAAAUCUCUAAGACUUUUGAAUGCAUCUCAGAAUACAUUAGGAUAUUAGUUGGAAACUUAGCUUUAAAACAUCUGCGAUUUUUGUAUUAAGGAAACCGUUUCUAUGAAUAAGUACUAAGUUAAAGAUAAAAUUUUAUAGCUGCUCAUCGAAUAUCAACUGCUUGAUAUCGCAUUUACUUUGUGUUUAAAUAAUAAUUUAAAAGAUGAUUUGUAUUUAAUAUAUUUUAACUUUAAUUCUGGACUUCAGUAAUUAAAAGAAUAUCUAAAAUCUAACUAAAACGAAGUAAGUGGUUUUAUUGCUAAAUUUAUAGAAUAUGAAAAACAUAAUUACAGCUUACCAAAUAAAUAUGAAGAAAUAUCAAAUUUUAGAUUAUUUAGCGAUUUUUAAGAGUUUAAUGAUGAUAUAGCCUCCCUAUUAUCUCAGUAUUUCCCUAAUUUAUACGUUCUAUUUUAAUUGUAAAAUAGACCUAUCGUUAAUCUUAAUAAUAUUCCCUAUUCAGAAUCUUUACCAUAAAAUCCUUUUGAUCAAUCUUGUCUAUUUCUUUUUAGAGCUUUACAAAGAAAUAUAGAUUAUUUGAAAGAAAGUUAAAAUCCUUUAUAACUACCAGACAAUGAUAGUAGAUAAUCCUAAUAUAUUAGAAAGUUAGAAUUAUUGAAAAAGUACUAAUUAGUAUAAUUUGAUUAUUUAAAUUUGCUAAAUGCUAUUUAAAAUGAUAAAAAGAAAACUUUACUUGAUAAAAUAAAUGAUGUAGUAGAAGCUUUUAAUUUAGAAGCAAGCAGUGAGUAGUCUUAAUUUGAUAAUUUUAAGCUUACAGAAUUUGCCUAUAUUGCUAUCCUUCUCCUUUACUCAGGAUUUAAUGUGCAAUCAAAAGAAUAUACUUUUAUCAUACAAUCUUUGAAAGAAAUCAUAAUGGUGUUUAACAUCAUUCCAAAUCAAUUCUUUUAGUAUAUGAGCGAACAUAACAAAAUCAACAAUGUAAGCAGAGAGUUGAGAGUUAAAAUAUUUGAGGAUAUAGUUAAAAGUAUAUAAUAAUCAUAAAUUUGA